AGAGAGUCUUGGAUUGAAGGAAAAUUUCUCAAAAAGCUUUUGUCAUUUGACGGCCAUUUAUUUUAAGCAUCACACCCUCAACUUUUCCUCAAUCUUCACUUUCAUUGAAGAAAAAAAAACAAAUUCAAUAACUUGAUCCAAUUUUUGGUCAAGUCACAAUCAUUACUGUUUCUCAAUCUAAGAGGGAAUUAAUAAAAAAGACAAAAGAUAUUGUUUGUUCUUAUCACUUAAGUACAUAUAAGAAAAAAAGGGAUCCCACGCCGUAGGUUCUCGGAGCUUUUUAUUCUCGCGUUCCUACGAUUAUCUACAACCACAUCCGGAUCUCCGACCGUUUUUUGAAACCGCGCAGAAUUGUUUUCCCUUUCUGCCCCGAUUUCCCGCGUUCGAUCUUCCGGAUUCUAAUAACUGAAUCGUGGUAUCCGACCGUCAACCGUCUCCUAUUGACCCCCUCCUAAUUGGGAUCGCCGUCUAUCAGAGAUGAAGGUCUUUUCCAAUUCCCACACCUUCAACUACUCCUGGGAAGAAGUAUCGACCGCCAACUGGCGGAAGUACUGCCCUUGGAAUGACAAAUCUACCCACGUUAUAGCCGUCGAUACCCUCGCACGUGAAGUCGACCCUGCCACCGGUAUCCUACGAACUGAGCGACUUAUCACAUGCAAACAAUCGGCACCAGAGUGGCUCAAGUCUAUUAUUGGAUGCAUGGAGACGAGUCAAGUCUUCGAGACCUCCUACGUUGAUCCCGCCGCCAAGACCGUUACCAUGGUAUCCCAAAAUAUCACGUGGUCGAAUCUAGUCAACGUUCAAGAGACGGUGAUUUAUCGACCUUUGGAUGCACACAGAACACAAUUCGAACAAGAUGCAAGGAUAACGGCGUUGUGUGGAGGUUGGCAACGAAUCAAGAAUAGUGUCGAAGACGCCCUCGUUACCCGAUUCCGAGAAAACGCGGUUAAGGGCAAGGAGGGUUUCGAAUGCGUGCUAGAAAUGAGCAGAAGGGUAUUCGCCGAGGAACGUGAAAAGGAAAGGCAACGACAGAGCUUAGGCGGCAAGAUGAUGGCAUAGAUCAGAUGUCAGCAUGACUAUUCCGGAUCCCCCCCGGUUUACCUCCUACGCAUAUUGGACUCCACGACGAUUCGGUUAGACAACGACAACCAAGUACAUAUAAGAACAGCAUAUUUCGGAGUCUUUUUUUCAAGAGGGGUGUGGACAUUUGAUUUUUGAUUUUUUGGGAAAGAGAUAAAAAAGCACGGCGUUUCGGCAUACCCCUAAAAAUUGCGUUGCAUAGAAAGGCGGAAAGAAUAUUAGACUUGCCUACGUAUUGCGUAUAUGCGUAUGUAUGGCCAGGCAUUGUUGUCUCCCUAAUCAUUCGGAGUACACUUGCUAGUUAGGCGUUGAGAUAGACUACUCUACUAUUGUUGAGAGGAGGAUCUAAGGUUAAUAUAUUCUCCGCCCACCCUAAAUAUCGUCGUUUUCUUUCGUACG